GUAGCGGGCGGGGCCGGAAGUGCCGCUCCCUAGUGGGGGCUGUUCAUGGCGGUUCCGGGGUCUCCAACAUUUUUCCCAGUUGUGGUCCUAAAUCCGUCGGAAGCGGAGGCAACGAAGCUUGAGGUUCUUGCUGGUGUGAAAUGACUGAGUACAAACUGGUGGUGGUUGGAGCAGGUGGUGUCGGGAAAAGCGCACUGACAAUCCAGCUAAUCCAGAACCACUUUGUAGAUGAAUAUGAUCCCACCAUAGAGGAUUCUUACCGAAAACAGGUGGUUAUAGAUGGUGAAACCUGUCUGUUGGACAUACUGGAUACAGCUGGUCAAGAGGAGUACAGUGCCAUGAGAGACCAAUACAUGAGGACAGGCGAAGGCUUCCUCUGUGUAUUUGCCAUCAAUAAUAGCAAAUCAUUUGCAGAUAUUAACCUCUACAGGGAGCAGAUUAAGCGAGUAAAAGAUUCAGAUGAUGUACCUAUGGUGCUAGUAGGAAAUAAGUGUGAUUUGCCAACAAGGACAGUGGACACAAAACAAGCCCACGAACUGGCCAAGAGUUAUGGGAUUCCAUUCAUUGAAACCUCAGCCAAGACCAGACAGGGUGUCGAAGAUGCCUUUUACACACUGGUAAGAGAAAUACGUCAGUACCGAAUGAAGAAACUCAAUAGCAGUGAUGAUGGGACUCAAGGUUGUAUGGGGUUACCUUGUGUGGUGAUGUAACAAGAUACUUUUAAAGUUCUAGCAUCAGAAAAGAGCCACUGUCAAGCUGCACUGACACCCUGGUCCUGACUUCCCUGGAGGAGAAGUAUUCCUGUUGCUAUCUUCAGUCUCACAGAGAAGCUCCUGUUACUUCCCCAACUCUCAGUAGAUCAGUACAAUAUUCUCUAUUGGAGAAGUUCUCUGAAUAACUACCUCCUCACUUGGUUGUCUGACCAGAGAAAUGAACCUCUUGUUACUCCCCACUGUUUUCCACCCUGGGUUCUCCCCCAACAUAAACAAACCUCCGCCAUCCCAGGUUUUUCAUCUGAAAAGUAAUUCAUGCUCUGAAACAGAGAACCAAACUGUAGACAUGAAAUUCUGUAGAAAACAAUGUCUUGAGCUCUAAAGUAGCAACUGCUGGUGACUUUUUUUUUUUUUUUCCUUCUUACUGUUGAACUUGGAACUAUGUUGGUUUUUGGAGAAAUGUCAUAAAUUACUGUUUUGCUGAGAAUAUAGUUAAGUUGCUAUUUGGUUUGUGAUGUCAUUGGCUAUAGUCUAUAACUUGGCAUCUGCUUUGCAUUCAGAAAUAGGCAAGUGAAUACUGACUUUUGAGUCUAUCCUAGUGUUCUCGACUUUCACAUAAUUAAAUCUUAACUCUUGCAGCAAAGUGCCUUUUUUCUUAGGAGUGGUUUGUAGACUUGCUUUAUAAUAUUUCAGUGGAUAGAUGUCUCAAAAAUCGUUAUACAUGGAAAUGAAUGUCUGAGAUACUUCUAUGACCUAUCUUUGAGGGAAAGACCUACCAAUGUGAUAGCAGAUGCCAUUUCUUACGUGUAUGAGCUUGGAUUUCCAGAGACCUGAUUUGGGUCUCUUCCAAGAGAAAGGUGAAACUGGAAACAAUUAUAAAUAAUUUCACUUAAUUUUUACCUAAUUUCUACUUUUGGGGGGGGCCGGGGCAGGGGGUUGGUUACCACUUACAAAAUGUAUGCAAUUUGUUUCUUCCAGCUUACUGAUAAUGAACUUCCAUUCAUAUUUAAAUUUAGGUCAUAUCUGAAAGCUCCACAUUUGCAGGUGUUCUAAAUUGUAAUAGUUUAAUGCAGUUUUAAUAGCUAUGAUUAAUGAUUUUCAAGCCUCAGAUGUAUUAACAGACAUUUUCACUUUAUGUCAUGGUAUUUUAAUGAUGUAUAUAAUUGCCCUCAUUCCCCUUCUCACUACCCCCUCUCCCUCAUCCCACCACAAUGGCAGCAUGGUUAUUUCAAUUGAGUAAAGCAUGUUGCUGACAGACCAGGGUCACAGUUUCCAAACUUGAGCAAGCCACUUAGCAUCACAGAGAGAGAAAUUCUUCCAUGUUUGCUCAUUGCACCAGUAACUUCAGCUAGUAGUUUUGCCAGAUGCAUACUGUUAGUCCUGCAAGGAAGGAAGAGGUCAGUUAGCACAAAUCCUUCACCAUGGCUGGAAAAAUUUGCCAUCUUGUGGAUGGUCAGCCUAGAGGUUUUUAUAAAUAAAAUAUUUAGACCUUUUUUCGCCAUGUGGAAAGUCUGAAUUAAACCCUUUUUUUUUUUUCAUUAUUUUGAGAAUGAGGAUGCCUCA